AUGGCAGACCGUCGAAAAAGCGCCCUGAUGACACGGGUGGAGGAAAAGGAGGGUGUGCUCAGGACAAGUCGGCAGGAGUCAGAAAGCAGCGCGUACGCAGACGGGCAGGGGGGAUGUGGAACUGUUGAGAGCAAAGUACAGCCACACGCGCACUAUUUCCGCCCGAGGGGAGUCAGGGGAACGGAACUGGUUGGCCUGACCGGGGUUAUUAUUGCAACGACCAGCUUGCUUAGUGACGUGGGUUUGGGGGGAGGGGACGGAAAGGCGGUCGCGCCGGGGCUGAGGCUGAUGGGGGAGGGAUACUACACGCGGUCUCCCUGA